CUAUAAAUGCCUCGGAGUUGGAUUGGAGCAUAUGAAUCGGAGAGAGAGAGAGAGUAAUGAAGAGGAAGACGAAGAAAGAAACAGAGAGGGAUGAAGUUGAAGAGUUGCUGCAAGCAGCACAGGACGAUAUGCUCCUGAAGCUGUCUCUCAACUCUCACUUGUCCCGCGGCGUUUCUCUCGACGACGCCGAUAUCGGCCGUCGCUUCGAGGCCCUCAAAAUGAAAACUGUUAUUACUGGAGCAGCACCAGGAGCAGGAGCAGGACCUGCUGCCUCUUCUGUCUCCAAAUCCAAUUCCAAUUCCAUUCAAGUGGAUGAGGAACUAAAGGCAGUCCUCGGUGACGACCUCUCCACCAGAUUCGCCGCCCUCAAGGCUUCAAUUCCUAUGCCCUCCUCCGAUGCUGCCGUCCGGUCGUCGGCAUCAUCCUACUACGAGAUCGACAACGACAACGACGAUGAAGAUGAAGUUGAAAAAUUGAUACGCUGGGCUAAGGACGCCGCUCGCCUCGACCCUUCUCCACCCUCCGACGAUGACGACGACCAAGACAAAUCGGAAUCUGAUGAUGACGACCACCACGACGAUCCAAAGGGGAAUGGACCCGAUCGUAAAUAGGAAAAUACUUUGUGUGUGUUCUUUUUUCUUUUUUUAUUAUAUUUAAUUUGAUACAUUAGAUUUAUGAAUAAUAUGACACAUUGAAUCGUGGUUGUAAAUUGUAAUUGGAUUUUUUG